AUGGGUGUGGUCUUUGUGUUCAUGCUGCAGUGUGCCGUGUGUCGCGACGUCACCCUUCCCACUGGGCCAUUCUACCGCGUGGCAGGGUUCCCCCUCUCCGUGCCCUGUGUGGUAUCAGGAUAUGAGGGCCCACGCACACAGGAGUUUGAGUGGUUCCUGUACAGAGACAAUGCAGGUGGAAGACAGAUGGGAGUGGUGUCCACCAGGGACAAGGGUUUCCCCUACACACCCUUCCAAGCUCGCGUGAGGAACGGGGAGGUGAGGGUUGAGAGGGACUCUGGGGACGCGGUCCGGCUGGUGAUCCAGAGGCUCCGCGCUGAAGACCAGGGAAAAUAUGAGUGUUACACACCCAGCACAGACAGUGUCUACCAGGGAAACUACAGUGGCUCAAUAACUGUCAAAGUGAUCCCCGACACACUCCUGAUCAGCUUCACCCGCUCACUCACUGGCCAGCCUGUGCCGGAGGGGGCCGAGUUAACCCUGACGUGCUCAUCCAGCAUCCAGUCGGAGCAGCUCACACAUCUGUCCAUCAUGUUCGGGAAGCGUGGUGGUGCAGAGGCCCCGGGGAGCGGAGCCGGAGGAGGGGAGGUCAGCACCGUCAGAGAGAUCAUCUCCAUCGACAACCUGCUGGGGAUCGUCCCCGGACGUUCGUACAAAAAGCGCUAUGAUGACGGCGAGAUCACGCUGGAGAAGAGGAACGGAGUGGGCGGGCAAGACGUGUACCUGAUGAAGAUGAGAGCGGUUCAGCCGGACGACACCGGUUCGUAUUUCUGUGAGGCCUCGCAGUGGAUACGGGACCCCGAUCGAUCGUGGCAGAAAAUCGCACAGAGAACGCUGGAUAUUGGCAACUUGACUGUUCAGCAAAUAGCCGAGACUCUGAGCGUAACGUCCUCACCCAGAGGGGAGGUGACCCUGCAGAUCGGUUCCCCUCUCAUCCUGACUUGUGAGGUCUUGGGGCUGCCACCUGAAGUGAACUCUGGCCUGCUGGUUCAGUGGAUGAAGAGGGGAUCUGUGAGCAGCGAUGACGUCGGCAGCGGAGGAGUUGAGGUGGAGGUGGCCCGGUUGAGCACAGAUGGCGUGGUGAGCUGGGGCGAUGACCUCAGCAGAGCGAGUGGUGGAUCCAUGGAGAAAGUGGCAGAGGGGAGGUACUCUCUGAAGCUUUUCUCAGCCCGGCCGUCUGACACAGGGGUGUAUCGGUGUGUGGUGAGUGUGUACGCCGGGAGGAGCAGCCCGGGCCCGUCUACGGCGGCGACGCUCACUCAGAAGUCUGAGGGAGUCACGGUCAACCUGAAGACCAAAGAUGUGCUGGUUUCAGCUGCGGCUCUGCUGCCUCGCGGCCCCCUGCUAAAAAGAGGCAGCACCAUCACCCUCAUCUGCAACGCCACUGUGACGACUACAGGUCCCGCCCAGGUGCAGGUCCAGUGGCUGCGGUGGCCAAUCCCUGCACCAGUUUUAAACAGGGGACAGGGUUCAGCUGCUGCUGUUGCUCCGUCAGAGCCCCCUGUAAAGAAACUGACACAGGUGGCUGCUCUCCUGCACAACGGUGUUGCGGACAUCUACGUCAACGGCAGCGAGAUCAGCAUCGACCGCCUGUCAGCCGUCAGCUACAGACUGAGGGUCCACGCCGCAACAAUGGAGGAUCAGGGCAUGUAUGUGUGUCAUGCAGAGGCGUGGGGUCAGGACCCGCACGGAGGCUGGUACAACACGGGAGUCAGAGCAGAAUCAAACGCAGUGACCGUUUACCUGUACGCGAGAGCUGCCGACCUCCUCCUCAUCCCUCUGGUCAUCGGCGUCUCCUCCGCCUUGUUCGUGGGCAUUGUCAUCAUCGCCACGGUGACCUGCUGCUUCAUGAAGCGCCUGGCGAGGCAGCGCGCUCAGAAGUAGUUGUCGUCUGUUGCCGACCAUCCGAAAUCUGAUUGGUCGCGAAGAGGCAAUGCACCGAACACGACUGGUGAAAUAGCCAAGAAAUAACUUCAAGACAAAGUGAAGUGAGAAAAGACUUUGAGACAUUGACAGCUCAUCUUCUGUGUUUUGACAUAAACAAUCAAUGCCAAAUGAUUCUGUUUUCUAUUCUCUUACAUUUUAUAUCCAAACCUCCUCUGGAAAACAAUAUAUUUUACUGAGCGCUAAGCCAUCAUUCUCACUCCUCGUGUGGGUAGACUUUAGAUUUUCUGAGACCUGUUUACAUGUUAUUCUAACCCAUCUUCUUCACUAUCCUCUGUCCAAGCUCAUCU